AUGGCCACUGAUGAGUACAAACUUGUUUUCUUUGAACGAUUAGGUGAUUGUGUCUCCUCAGAUUUCGCAAUGCACAUAUUCUCAACCAGGGAUAGCUCAUGGAAAAUUAUCAGAGCUCCUCACUUGUCAUUCUUCCAAUAUGAAAGCAAGGCUCUUAUAUUUACAAAUGGAGCAUGUCAUUGGUUCUGUAAUGGGGUUGCCAAACGAGCUCUUUAUGCAUUUGAUUUAACAGAGGAGGUGGUCCGUGAAUUGCCAUUGCCGCCUGCUUUGAUGCCAAACAGAAAUAGCAACGAUAUGUAUGCUGCUGAUGCUAGUGUGAUGAAAAAGUAUGACGUCCUCGAAUCCUGGGUUAAAAUGUUUCAAUGUAGUGAGCUCGAUUUACCAGAUUUGUUUGCUUCAAGGCAUCUCAGAUGGAUGCCUGUUUAUGUUACAGAAGGUGGUACAGUUGUGAUCAGCUUCUCUGACAAGGAGUUGGUCAGGAUUGAAUGUCAUAGAGAAGAGAAGCCUUGUAGAGCUAAAGGUUAUGCUAACCACCAAUGUAUGCGGAUUCCAGCCAUCAGAAACUACGAACCAGAAAUGAAGAAGGGUUGCACUCUGCAUACCCAUGCUGGUUAG